AUGGCUUCGACGAACAACGCUCCGGGCCCGCCGCAUGGCGACGUCCAAGGUCGCAGCGAGGCAGUCCUGGCAGUCACGAUCGUAAUGAUCGUCCUCUGCUCCAUCUUCGUCUUCUUCCGCAUGCUAUCGCGAGUCGCGAUCGUGAGGAAGAUUACCGUCGACGACUACUUCAUGGUAAUCGCAUGGGCGAUCGCAACGGGCCUCUCGAUCGCCAUCUGCUAUGGAUGCGCGUAUGGACUCGGACGGCAUGAGGUGGACGUUCCGGAUAGCUGGCAGUCUGGAUUGAGGAAGAGUAACUAUGCUUUCAGCAUCUUGUACCAACCCGCGCUUAUGGCGACGAAGACGUCGAUUCUGGCUUUCUACUUGACGUUUUCGAAGGCGAAUCAUAUCUUUCGAUGGGCUUGCUAUUCGGUGCUGUUCGUGGUCAAUGCGGGUGGCUUUGCGCUGACUAUGGUUACUGUCUUCCAGUGCAAUCCUAUUUCGGCGGUGUUUGCGCUGGUCACGCCGGAGGAUGCGAAGUGUACGGAUAUUCUGACGAUCUAUCUGGCUUCGGUUCCGCUGAACAUCAUUACGGAUCUGGCGAUUUUAUUCCUGCCGAUGCCGACGUUGACGUCGAUGCGCUUGCCGAGGAAGCAGAAGAUCAUCCUGGUGGUGACGUUCAGCUUCGGUAUAUUUGUGGCGGUGGUCGACAUUGUCAGAAUCUCGUACCUGCAGUCUGCUUCGGAGACACGAUUGGCGGAGCUGGCAUCAUCACGGAACGACAACGAUUUGACGCGGACGGCCGAGGAGACGGACGCAUCGUUCUAUCUGGCAUUCUCGUUCAUGUGGAGUGCGAUCGAAGUCACGGUAGGAAUCAUGUGUGCUUGCGUACCAGGUCUCAAGCCGCUCGUGGCGCGAUUCAUGCCAAAUAUGCUGCGAGAUCCUGGCGACGCACCUUCACAAUUCGGCUCCUAUUCGAUGCCAAAGGAUGAUCACACUCAUGCGGCUCCGCUGCCAAGUCCGGAAGAGGUGCAUCAUCACGACAUGGGACGUGCACCAGAGCAUGGCGACGAGCAUGAAGAACGAGAGAUGGACUUUAUGGAGUUCCUCACAACGCCAAGAGACUUCGCUCGGCCAGUUAGCAAUGAGCAGCAGAGGCAAGGCGAAGCAGAUGUUGGCAUGAUGGACUUCCUCACGACUCCAGAUAUGGCUUCUCUUCCGCCGAUUGAACGUUCCCAAACGGCACUGACUAACACGACACGGCAUACGGCGCCUGAUGCGCCAGCAUUCUUUGACUUUGUGGAUAUGCGGCAGAAGAAGAGCUUGGUCCACCUUACGAAUCGCGAAUCAAUCUAUCCUGUCACUCUGGUAACUGUACUAUUCUUCAUAUGGGGCUUCGAGUACGGCCUGAUUGAUACCCUGAACCACCAAUACCAGACCGUUGCGAAUACCACGACUGGCCAAUCACUGGGCAUCCGCUGCGCAUACUACGUAGGCUACUUCGUUGGCCCGCUGCUCGUUGGUAGAUGGGUUCUGCAGCACUGGGGCUUCAAGGCAUGCUAUCCGAUAGGUCUGGCCAUCUAUGCCGCGGGCUGUCUGAUCUUCUGGCCAGCCGCAGUACUGACCUCUUGGCCGACGUUACUCGUGACGAACUUCAUCGUUGGCUUCGGCCUGUCGAUACUGGAAGUCUCGGCGAAUCCGUUCAUCGUGCUGUGCGGACCAGCUGAGUACGCUGAGAUCAGGCUCAACCUCAGCCAGGGCGUGCAGGCCAUCGGAAGUAUCAUUGCACCCUUAAUCGCUGACAAGGCCUUUUACCACAAGACUCAAGAUGCUCCAUCGUUAGUCAACACGCAAUGGGCUUAUCUUGGAAUCUCUCUGGCCACGAUCAUCAUGGCUGUCAUCUAUUACUACGUCCCACUUUCCGAAGCGACGGAUGUCGAGCUCGAAGACGCAGCAGAACGAAUUGACGGUGCGAACAAAGCCAAAGUCGGCAACGUUAGAGUCAUCUGGAUCGUCCUCGGCCUAGGAGUUGUCAGCCAAUUCUGCUAUGUGGGUGCCCAGGAAGUGAAUGGCACCAGCUUUGGUCCAUACCUCGCCGCUGUGGCACCAACCUACAACAUCGCCAACUACCUCGCCAUAGCGCACACAGCAUUCGCAAUUUCCCGCUUCCUAGCCGCAGCGCUCGGGUUCUGGGUCAAGCCGCGACUCCUACUACUGCUCUUCUUCAGUGGCGCGAUCUUAUUUAAUGCGCUUUGCACGCACUUCACUGGCGACACCGCCGUAGCGCUGAUGAUAAUGGUCUUCUUCUGCGAAGGACCCCUCUUCUCCCUCAUCUACGCGCAAGCACUGCGUGGUCAAGGACGACACACGAAAUUCGCCGCCGUCCUCAUCACGUCGGCAAUAAGUGGUGGAGCCGUCUUCUCGCCCAUCUCGAGCACGAUCGUCAACUCUGGCAGGAGUGUGCCAUAUAGCUUGGUUGUAGCCAUCGCGGCAUUCGCGGGAGCGAUUGUCUUCGGCUUCGCGCUGAAUGGGAAUGAAAUGAUCAGGAGGCUCGUGGACCCUAUCGAUGGUGCUGCGGCUUCGGGGAGUAGGCCGAGCUCGACGAGUAGUAGGGUGAGUCGGGCGCUGAGUAUUCUGAGCUUUGGGAAGAAGAAGCGGAAUGGAUCUGGGUCGAAGGACGUGGAGUAUCGGGAACGGAAGGUGGACAGUCCAACGCCGCUGAAUGAGAUAUGA